AUGUCCGACUCAUGCGUCGAGUCGUACGACCAUCUCUCCGUCGGCGGUCUGCAACCUCCCUUCGUCCCGUCGUCCCGCAAGCAAAGCUGGUCGCAGCUCGAUCGUGCAUUCGACGGUCUCACCGGUGCAAGCUACUGCGCUUCAAGCGCCGAGUCCAUCGAGUCGUCGGCCAUGAGCAACCUCAGCGACGAGGACUCGACGUCGCAUUCGCGCGCACCGAGCACGGCCCCGUCAAGCGUCGCUUCGCCACGUUCGCCACCGCAGCAGCCGCAAGUCGACUGCGGUCGCUUCCUCUCGCCUCCAACACCCGCACACUCGCCGGCGCCCUCGCACCCCGCGCCCAUGCGGUCGUUGGGCACGCGAGAGCGUCUCGAGACGCGUCUUCGCGGCCUCGCAAUCGACGUCGAGUCUGCUUCCUCUAAGGCCGUCUCCGGCGCGCCAUCUGGCCUCGGCAUCAACAUCAACACGCACCCCUCCUCAACCCCGACGCCCUCUCAAGCGCGUCGUCGGCGUUCUCCUUCCUCUCCACCGGCACUCGAGACGUCCUUCAGCCCUUCCAUCACCCACGCCGCGGGCAGCGCACCUCGUCUUCCAUCUGGAUUCAUCGAGGGUGCAGAACUCAAAUGGCUCCGGCGCGAAGCGUACCUGCUUAUUCCGCUGCGCGUCACCAGCAGCCCUCGUCCUGCUGCGCGAGGACCGUCGACAAGAGCAAUGCAGGAUGCUAGCGUGCAGCAACAGCAGCGCACGGCGUCGCUGCCGCCGCCGACGGCCGCAAUGGCAAGACGCAGAAUGCCCAGUGCCAGAUUCCAUCCUUAUGGCCUGGGCGGCGCCACUGCGGCUGCUUCGGCUUCGCCCUUCUCGCCGCCUUCGACUGUGCCGCCGCCGAGCGCUGCUGCUGGCUCGACGAACGCUACGCGCCCCUGGGACCUCUGA